AGAACUACGUGCCCCAAAAUGCACUGCUCUGAAUUCCAGCGUGCGCCGCAUUUCUAGCUAGGAUACACCGUUCUUGUUGGAUCCGCUUGAGGGUAGUUUAGUCGGGAAUGCUGCCUGGACUAAAAUCCGGAGCUGCUGUCUGAAGGAGGCAGCUGAAGCUCUCACGCUGGUUCUUCUUCUUCUGGUGGUGGGGUCCAAGUGACCUUUGCCUUCUCCGCCCUUACGGGGGUGGGGGGAUCUGGAAGAAGGUCCACAAAGUGGAAUCUGGGUGUCAAAAACCUUCAUCCCUUGAGAGAGAAGGAGUAGUUCUUUGGAUCUUGUUGGAGGCUGCCCUGGAGCACAGAUUAAAGAUGGGAAAGAAAGAUUCUGCUGGCCUUGAUGCAGGAAACAGCCCUGAUGCCACCCAGGCAGUGGGGGAUUCUGAGAAUAGUGGGGGAUUCUGGGAAAGGACCACACAGAAGAUCGUGAGUGGCUUCCAGGAUGCCAAGGGGCCCCGAGAGAUUUGUAACCAACAGAACAACUUUUGCAGUCAAUGGGUGAUGCCAGAAAGAUACACGAAAAAUCAGACCAUGGACCUGGUGGUCCUGGCAAGGUUCCAGCCCACCCUACCACAGGAGAUGAAGAGCUGGGUCAGGGAAUGCAGAGCGAAGAAUAGUUCCCAGGUGGUGGCCCUGGCAGAAGGUUUGAGCCAGGCAGAGAAGCAGCAGGAAGAGCAACAGAUUCCAGGACUGUUGUCAGAAGCAGCUCCUGGUUUCUCUGAGGCAGAGAGGGCUCCAUUAGAUGCCAAGCAGAGGCCGCUGUCCAGGUGGACCUUGCAGGAAGUUGGUGGAGCUUCCACCUUGCUGGGUACUGGAAUGACACUGCCAAUGGAUUCUCGGCCAUCUCUUCUUGCUGGUGAAGUGGAAGAGGAUUCAGCGCAAGCGGAUCAAGCUCUGGUGACCUUUGAGGAGGUGGCUGUGCAUUUCACGGAGGAGGAGUGGGCUCUGUUGGAUCAAGACCAAAGAGCCCUGCACAGGGCAGUCAUGGAGGAGAAUUAUGAGAAUGUGUCCUCUCUGGCAGGUGCCAGUUGGGAGAGUGAGAAUGAGGGAAACUGCCACAGAGGAUUGUUGGGAAGUGCUGGAAGAACACAGAGGGAACAGCAAAGAAUAAAAACUCAGGUCAAGCAGAAGAGGAGGAAUGGAUCUCCUGCUUCUCUGCAUGAUGAAUUGCAUACAAUCACAAUCCAGGAAAAGAAGGAGAAAGUAGCAGAGAAAACUCUUUGCCCUUUCAAAAGAAGGAGCUUCAUUUCUAAAUCCAGCCUUCAAUCUCAGGGGGAAAUGCAUACAGUGGAGAAACCACACAAAUGCUUGGAAUGUGGGAAAAACUUCAGUAAAAGGACAGAUCUCACUUUACACCAAAGGAUUCACACAGGAGAGAAACCUUAUACAUGCUUGGAGUGUGGAAAGAACUUCAGUCGCCGCAAAAGCCUGACUUCACACCAAAGGAUUCACACAGGAGAGAAACCAUAUAGAUGCUUGGAGUGUGGAAAAAGCUUCAGUCACAGCACAAGCCUGACUUCACACCAAAGGAUUCACACAGGAGAAAAACCUUAUACAUGCUUGGAAUGUGGAAAGGGUUUUAGUCAGAGGUCAGGCCUGAUUACACACCAAAGGAUUCACACAGGAGAGAAACCAUAUGCAUGCCUGGUGUGUGGAAAGAGCUUCCUUCGAUCUGACUCCCUCACUUCACACCAAAGGAUUCACACAGGAGAGAAACCAUAUAGAUGCUUUGAGUGUGGAAAGGCCUUCAGUAAAAGUACAGAUCUCACUGUACAUCAAAGGAUUCACAAAGGAGAGAAACCAUAUACAUGCUUGGAGUGUGGAAAGAGGUUCAGAUACAGCUCAAACCUGACUUCACACAAAAGGACUCAUACAGGAGAGAAACCUUAUAUAUGCUUGGAAUGUGGGAAGGGUUUCAUUCAGAGAGCAGGCCUGAUUUCACACCAAAGGAUUCACACAGGAGAGAAACCUUAUACAUGCUUGGAAUGUGGGAAGAGCUUUAGCCAUAAGAAGCACCUUACUUUACAUCUAAGGACUCACACAGGAGAGAAACCAUAUACAUGCUUGGAGUGUGGAAAGAGCUUCCUUCGAACUGACUCCCUCACUGUACAUCAAAGGAUUCACACAGGAGAGAAACCAUAUAGAUGCUUGGAGUGUGGAAAGAGCUUCAGACACCGCACAAGACUGAUUUCUCACCAGAGGAUUCACACAGGAGAGAAACGAUAUAGAUGCUUGGAGUGUGGGAAGGGUUUUAGUCGCAGCACAAACCUGACUUCACACCAAAGGAUUCACACAGGAGAGAAACCAUAUACAUGCUUGGAGUGUGGAAAGAGCUUCAGUCAAAGGGCACAUCUCACUGUACAUCAAAGGAUUCACACAGGAGAGAAACCAUAUACAUGCUUGGAAUGUGGAAAGAGCUUCAGUGUGAGUUCACACCUCAAUACACAUCAAAGGAUUCACAUUGGAGAGAAACCAUAUAGAUGCUUUGAGUGUGGAAAGGCCUUCAGUAAAAGUACAGAACUCACUGUACAUCAAAGGAUUCACACAGGAGAGAAACCAUAUAGAUGCUUGGAGUGUGGAAAGAGCUUCUGUCAGAGCUCAGGCCUGACUGCACACCAGAGAAUUCACACAGGAGAAAAACCUUAUACAUGCUUGGAAUGUGGAAAGAGCUUCAGUGUGAGUUCACAUCUCAAUACACAUCAAAGGAUUCACACGGGAGAGAAACCAUAUACAUGCUUAGAGUGUGGAAAGAGCUUCCGUUAUAGAUCAGGCCUGAUUUCACACCAAACGAUUCACACAGGAGAAAAACCUUAUACAUGCUUGGAAUGUGGAAAGAGCUUCCUUCGAUCUGACUCCCUCACGUCACACCAAAGGAUUCACACAGGAGAAAAACCAUAUACAUGCUUGGAGUGUGGAAAGGCCUUCAGUAAAAGUACAGAUCUCACUGUACAUCAAAGGAUUCACACAGCUGAGAAACCAUAUACAUGCUUGGAGUGUGGAAAGAGCUUCUUUCAUCAAGUAAGGCUGACUUUACAUCAAAGGAUUCACACAGGAGAGAAACCAUAUAGAUGCUUGGAAUGUGGAAAGAGCUUCAGACACAACAGAAACCUGACUUUUCAUCAAAAGACUCAUUGCCCUUUCUACAGGAGGAGCUUCAGUUCUGAAUCCAGUCUUCAACUUCAUGAGAAUAUACAUACAGAGGAGAAACCAUACAAAUGCUUGGAAUGUGGGAAAAGCUUCAGUCAAAGUGCAUAUCUCACUUCACACCAAGGGAUCCACACAGGAGAGAAACGAUAUAGAUGCUUGGAGUGUGGAAAGGGUUUCAGUAAAAGUACAGAUCUCACUGUACAUCAAAGGAUUCAUACAGGAGAGAAACCAUAUAGAUGCUUGGAGUGUGGAAAGGGCUUCAGUAAAAGUUCAGAUCUCACUGUACAUCAAAGGAUUCACACAGGAGAGAAACCAUAUAGAUGCUUGGAGUGUGGAAAGGGUUUCAGUCGCAGCACAAACCUGACUUCACACCAAAGGAUUCAUACAGGAGAGAAACCAUAUAAAUGCUUGGAGUGUGGAAAGAGCUUCCGUGAGAGCUCGAGCCUGACUACACACCAGAGAAUUCACACAGGAGAAAAACCUUAUACAUGCUUGGAAUGUGGAAAGGGCUUCAGGAAAAGUACAGAUCUCACUGUACAUCAAAGGAUUCACACAGGAGAGAAACCAUAUAGAUGCUUUGAGUGUGGAAAGGCCUUCAGUACAAGUACAGAACUCACUGUACAUCAAAGGAUUCACACAGGAGAGAAACCAUAUACAUGCUUGGAGUGUGGAAAGAGCUUCUGUCAGAGCUCAGGCCUGACUACACACCAGAUAAUUCACACAGGAGAAAAACCUUAUACAUGCUUGGAAUGUGGAAAGAGCUUUAGUUAUAGAUCAGGCCUGAUUUCACACCAAAGGAUUCACAUGGGAGAGAAACCAUAUAAAUGUUUGCAGUGUGGUAGGGGUUUCAUUCAGAUUGAAUAUCUCACUAAACACCAAAGGAUUCACACAGCUGAGAAACCAUAUACAUGCUUGGAGUGUGGAAAGGGCUUCAGUCGAAGUAAAUAUCUCACUGCACACGAGAUGGUUCACACAGGGGAGAAACCAUAUAGGUGCUUGGAGUGCGGAAAGGGCUUCAGACAGAACAGAAGCCUGACUUCUCAUCAAAAGCUUCAUACUAGUGUUCACAUAUAAAUGCUUGCCGUGUGGGAAGAGCUUUGGUUGGAGACAUUCCCUAAUUUAAGAACAUAAGCUAAUUUAAGAACAUGGCAAUUUAUGUGGAGAUUAUUGGAUGCAAUGGGCGUUGGCAACAAUUUUAUUAGGGCUAUCAAGACAAUUUAUUCGGAGCAAUAUGCUAAGAUUAUUGUAAAUGGGGAAUUAUCAGAGAAUUGCAAAAUACAAAAGGGGACUAGACAAGGAUGUCCACUUUCCCCAUUGCUUUUUAUAUUAGUCUUAGAAGUGCUUUGUAGAAAUAUUAGAGAAGAUGAUCAAGUACAAGGCCCAAAAAUUGGGAAACAAGAGUAUAAACUAAGAGCCUUUGCGGAUGAUGUUGUGUUCUUUUUAGAAAAUCCACUGGACAAGAUUCUUGGAAAAAAUACAACAAUUUGGCCAAUUGGCUGGGUUUUAUAGAAAUAAGACUAAAACGAAGGUCCUGACUAAAAAUAUGGAUCGGAAAUCUAAGGAUAGAUUUUUUUAAAAUAAGUGAGUUGAAAGUGGAGAAGAAAAUUAAAUAUCUGGGGGUUUGGCUGACAAACAAUAAUUCUUUGUUCAUUUGCCUAAAAUGUUAUUUCUAUUUCAGACUAUUCCUAUAAUCAAUACCUUAACUUGUUUUAAGCAAUGGCAGAAGGACAUAACCAAAUUUGUUUGGCAAGGGAAAAGACCAAGAAUUAAUUUUAAGCAUUUAACAGAUGCAAAGGAAAGAGGUGGUCUUACCCUACCAGACUUAAGGUUGUAUUUUGAUGCUGUCUGUUUGACGUGGUUAAAAGAAUGGAUAACAUUAAGAAAUCCUAGAAUACUUGAUUUGGAAGGAUUUGAUAGAAGGUAUGGAUGGCAUUCAUAUUUGUGGUAUGAAAAAAGUAAAAUACAUAAAGAUUUUCUGAAUCACUAUGUAAGAAGGAGUCUAAUGAGGGAGUGGCUAAAAUUAAAAAUUGGUUUGAACCUAAAACUCCGUUAUGGGUAUCUCCGAUUGAAGCUUUAGCACGUAAAGAGGUAAAUAUGCAAGUGCAAUGGGGUACUUAUAGGGAUCUGUUAUAUUUUCAAGAAAAGGGUUGUAAGUUAAAAAGUUUAAUUGAAGUACAAAAUUUGGUUAGUGAUUGGUUUCAGUACCAUCAGUUAAAUGAAGUUUAUAAUAAGGAUCUUAAAGUUGGAUUUGGGGAUCAGAUGUCGAGAUUUGAGGAAGAGCUGUGUGAAAAUGAUGAAAAAUUAGUUUCUAAAAUUUAUAAGCUCAUGCUUUUGGAGGAGACAAGAGAUGAAGUGGUUAAAACGACUAUGGUAAAGUGGGCUCAAGAUGUGGGGUGCAAUAUAGAAAUGGCAGCCUGGGAAAAAUUAUGGAAAAAUGAUUUAAAGUUCACUGCAUGUUAUGUUUUAAAAGAAAAUUACUAUAAAAUGAUGUAUAGGUGGUAUUUGACACAAAAAAACCUGGCAUUAAUGUAUAAAAAUGUUUCAAACAAAUGUUGGAAAUGUGGACACUCUGAAGGAACCUUUUUUUUAUAUGUGGUGGACUUGUAGGAAGGCUAAAGCAUUUUGGGACAUGAUAUAUAAUGAGUUAAAGAAAAUAUUUAAAAUGACAUUUCCUAAGAAGCCAGAAUCCUUCCUGCUGGGAAUAACACAAGGAGUGUUUUCUACAACUAAUUUAACAUUUUUUAUGUACGCUACCACGGUGGCCAGAAUAAUAUAUGCACAGAAAUGGAAGAGUAAUGAACUGCCUUCAAAAGACGAUUGGCUGAUAAAAAUUCUGGAAUCUGCGGAGAUGGCAAAACUUACAGUACUGAUAAGAGAUCAAAAUUUAGAAUGCUUUAAGGAAGAUUACCCCCACCCCACUGGAUUAAAGUGGGAGGUGUAAAAGACUCACCAGCCUGGAGAAGUCAGCUCCUGUUGCGAAGGGGUGCGAGGAAGCUGCAGACUCUUCACACCAGUUGAACGACAGGGCUAGAGUCAAGGAGAGUUCUGCAGUGUGGAGUUCAGGCUGCCUGAAAACCAAGCUCAGAAGCGUUGCAAUUUCUACGAAAUGCCAAUGAAGUAACAAAGGGAUUUAUUAAGAAUCUCAUCUAAAAGAACCAGGAAAACAACAACUUGCGGAGAGCUCUACCCAACAAUGUUUUCUGACUGCCUUUGGAUGCCAAGGUACGGUCGGGAUACUAUAGCUCUAUAUAGAGAGUGAUUAAGACUUUUCAAGUAUAUCUACAGAGAAGAAGAGCUAUACCUUUACAGUAUUUUUUUGAAGAGAGGGAGGUUUAACGCCUACUCUAACCUUUAUGUUUUCACACGGCUACCAAUUCUGCUGAAGUAACUUAUAGUGAACUAAAUCUUGCCAAAGCUAAUCAAAGUAGUUUAAGAUACUAAAUUGUCAGUCUACAAUUUCAUUUUAAGUGGAAAGAGUCGACGUUGGACAACACGGAGGUGACUACAGCGAACUCCUGGGCGUUUUGUGAUGUUUUGAAGAGCGUGAAGUAUAGCUUCUACCCUCUUUUUGGUAUAGUUGAUUCUGCUUUAGUUGGUUCAUCUACAAAUACGAACUUGAGGUAACCUGUGUCUAUAUAAUAGAGUGAAUAAACGUACACACUCUGAGUAAAGAAAAACUCAAAAGAGUUAAAGGGUGAACUGGAUUCAAAGUGGAAACUAUACCUCCCCCUUUGAAGUUACAGGAGGGGUAUAUUGGCUAAAGAGUUAAUCUUGUUGUAAAUAUCCAAUUUGUUACUGUAGCCUUAUAUAUCAGAAUGUCUAAGAAUAAGAAUACUCCAACCGGAAUCCAAACCCAUAUGGCUAGAAGAUUAUCAGUGGGAACGAUUCCCCAAGUGGAAAGGUCCACUGGUGAAAUUUGGGAGCUGCUUCAAGCCAUUAAUAGUAAAUUAGAUACAAAUAACGAAGUAGUACAGUCUAUGGUCAAUGAUAUGCAAACUCUUAAAGAGGAUAUACAACAGAUAAAAGCAGAUUCACAGGUCUUAAAGCAAGAUAUGUUGCAGUUGAAUAAGGAGGUACAAGUGAUGAAACAAGGGAUCAUAGACAAUUCAAACAAAUGUAACAACUUGGAAGAAAUAAGUAAGAGAACGGUGGAGGAUACUAAGCUAACUUCUAAAAACGUAGAAGUUGUAAGUCAGGAGAUAAAAGAAUUGGAAAAGGAAAAGGAAGAGUUAGCUGACCAACUUGCAUUUUUGCAAAUGGCACAGAGGGAAAGAAUGCUCAGAAUAAGGGGAAUUCCAGAAAGUACAACUCAAAAUUUACUAGAUGUUCUGACAAAUGAAUUAGCUAAACUCUUGCAGGUGGACAUACCUAAUAUAGAAGGACUGGUUGAAAAUGCCUACAGAGUAAACCACAAUUUUGCAGUUGCCCAUAAAGUCCCUAGAGAUUGUGUAAUUCAACUUAAUUCCAAAUUUACCCGAGAUCGUAUUAUACAAGCCCAUUUUCAAGACAAAUGGGAAAUUAACGGUCAAACUAUAAUGGUGAUGAAAGAAAUCCCAGAGAGAUUUCUUAUGAAACGAAAAGAAUACAAAGACUUGACUGAUAUUCUAAAACAAAACAAAAUCCCCUUCAGAUGGGAGUUCCCUCAAGGGGUUGCCUUUACCUUUAAAAAUAAGAAAUAUAGACUAACUGAAGACUUAAAAGUAAAACAAUUUCUUCGUAGGUAUAGGAACGAUCUUCAGAUUUCAGAGGACAUACAAAAGACAAAAGGCGCUAAAUAAGGGAGGAAUUAGCAAUAUAAACAAAUAGUUACUAUGGAAAUAAAAUUCUUCUCUUUAAAUGUAAAUGGCUUAAACAUAAAAACAAAACGCCAAAAAAUAUUUCAUGAUUUGAGAAAAAGAAAAUUGGAUUUGAUUUGCUUACAGGAAGUGCAUAUAAGAAGGAGAGAUAUAAAGUAUUUACAGAACAAAGCACUAGGUCAGCAAUUUGAAACCCUAGAUAUUAAGAAAAAAGGGGCGUAUUUUUUUUAUAUAAAAGACUUCUUAGAGCCAAAAUUGUUAUACAAAGAUGAUUAUGGAAGAGUAUUGGUGGUAGAGAUAAAGGUGGGAGAUCUAAAAUACAUAGUAGUGGGCAUAUAUGCCCCUAAUGAGGUAAAAGCAGAAUUCCAGAGAAAAUUGGAAAAACAACUAACAGAGAUAGAUAGGCAACGGAUUAUAUUAAUGGGAUAUUUUAAUGGAAUUGUCUCAACGCAGGCUGACAGAGAUACAAUAGAUUUGAGGAAAAAUGAUGGGAAAUUACCAAGAGCUUUUUAAAACAUGGUUGAGCAUUUUGGUUUACAUGACAUAUAGAGAAUUAAAAACUCAGAUGCGACGGAGUAUACCUUCUUUUCAGAUAGGCACAAGACGCAUACGAGAAUAGACAUGAUUUGGGCCAAUGUAGACGUGUUGAUAACAAUGAAAGAUAUCAAUAUAUUGCCAAGAAUAUUUUCUGAUCGUAAUCCUAUAGAAUUAAAGUAGAAAAUUGGAAUAAAGAAAAAUUAUCAAUGGAAAUUAAAUGAGUCCCUUUUGAAUCAAUCUAAAGUUGUGAAAGUAGGUUUACAAAAACUUAGAGAAUAUUUUGAGAUAAAUUUAAAGGACGAUCUACAAAUGAAGACAAUAUGGGGUGCAAGUAAGGCGGUGAUGAGGGGUUUUUUUAUUCAACAAAAUGCAUACUGGGGGAAAAAGAAACAAGAGAAUAAGGUUUUAAUCCAGAUUCAAAUUAAAGAUUUGGAAGGGAAACUGAUUGAGAAAAAAGGUGAUCAAACUUUGAUUCAACACCUAAAGGUAUUAAAACAGAAAUACUCCAUGUUGACGGUGGAGGAGAUGGAAAGAAAUCUAAAAUUCUUAAAACAAAUCUUUUGAACAGGCAAAUAAACCGGGAAAAUAUUUGGCCUGGAAACUAAGAGUUGAACGGCAAAAGAACUAUAUAAUGAGUUUGUGCACCUCCAGUGGUAUUAUUAACCAACAGUCAAUGAUUAAAAGAGAAUUUUACAAAUACUAUAAGGACUUUUAUCAAAAAAGAAAGGUUGAGUUAAAUAAAGUAGAACAAUUUUUACAAUUAAGAAACUUACCACAAUUAAAUUCUGAACAAUGGGGAAAAUUGAACUUUCCCAUUUCCAAUGAAGAAGUUAAGGAUGCUAUUAAGCGAGCAAAAGGGGGGAAAUCGCCAGGGCCAGAUGGGCUCCCAAUUAUAUAUUAUAAAACCUUUAGUGAAGUAUUGUCCCAACCAUUACAAUGGACAAUGAAUGAAAUUAUGAUGAAGGGUUGGUUUCCUGAGUCAUGGAGGCAGGCGACUAUUAUAUUAAUACCAAAGUCUGGUCAAGAUACAUCUUUGGUUAAAAAUUAUAGACCAAUUUCCCUGCUUAAUAACGAUUACAAAUUAUAUGCUUCUAUACUUGCUAAAAGAAUGGAGGGGGUCUUAGCAGAGUUAAUUCAUGAAGAUCAGGCGGGAUUUUUACCUAAAAGGCAAAUUAAGGAUAAUGUACAAAUUGUCUUGAAUGUACUAGAAUAUUAUGAAAAAUGUAAUGAUAAACAACUGGCCAUGUUAUUUUUGGAUGCAGAGAAAGCAUUCGAUAAUAUCUCUUGGCAAUUCAUGUUGAAAACUUUGGAAACUGUAGGGUUUGGAGUUAACUACAUAAGGGCGAUUGGGUCUAUAUAUUCUGAACAAAAAGCAAAUAUUAAGGUUAAUGGAUAACUUACAGAUUAUUUCAGUAUUCAAAAAGGUACUAGACAAGGUUGUCCCCUAUCUCCAUUAUUAUUUAUAUUGGUUUUGGAAAUCAUGUGUAGGAUGAUAAGGGAAGAAACUAAAAUACAAGGAUUGACAAUAGGGACACAAAGUUACAAAUUAAGAGCCUUUGCAGGUGAUAUAGUGUUAUUUUUACAAGACCCUUUAGAAUCAAUUGAUACACUAUUGGAGAUAUUAGAAUCAUAUGGGAACCUGGCAGGGUUCUAUAUAAAUAAAGACAAGACAAAGGUAUUAACUAAAAACAUGAAUAAAGAAGACAUUGAAAGAUUUGCUCUGAGAUCUAGCUUUAAAGUGGGGAAAAAGGUAAAAUAUCUAGGAGUGACACUUACCACAAACAAUGCAUUGUUGUUUCAAAAUAAUUAUAUCAAAACUUGGAAAGAAAUAAAGAUGGAUUUGAGCAGAUGGAAUAGACUGCAUUUAUCAUUAAGCGGAAGGAUUUCUGUUAUUAAAAUGAAUGUUCUUCCUAAAAUGUUAUAUCUCCUCCAGACAGUACCAAUAAUAAAUUCAAUGUCAAUUUUCGUCCAGUGGUACAAAGAUGUAAGGAAUUUUGUCUGGCAAGGCAAAAAACCAAGGAUAAACUUUAAAAAUUUAACAGAUGAUAGGAAGAGAGGAGGAUUUGCCCUACCAAAUUUUAAGUUGUAUUUCGAAGCGAUUUGCCUAACCUGGAUAAAAGAAUGGAUUACAUUAAAAAAUCCAAGAUUGCUGGAUUUGGAAGGAUUUGAUUUAAGAUUCGGGUGGCAUGCAUAUUUAUUUUACGACAAGGUAAAAGUAAAUAAAGAAUUUUUAAAUCAUUAUGUUAGAAGAAGUCUAUAUAUGGUAUGGAUGAAAAAUAAAUUUUUGUUAGAAGCAAAAAUCCCACUUUGGGUAUCCCCAUUAGAAGUUAUAUCUAGAAAACAGAAAAAUAUGCAACUAUCUUGGCCCACGUAUCAACAAUUGCUCAUCCUUCAAGGUGUAAAUUAUGAACUUUAAAAGUUAGAACAUAUGCAGGAUUGGAAUAUUUCUUGGUUCCAAUACCAUCAAAUCAAUGCUUUAUUUAAGCAAGACUGUAAAAGGGGUUUUAACCAACUAAAGUCAGAAUUCGAACUACAGUUGUGCGAUAAGGAAGAAAAACUUGUAUCCAGGAUGUAUGGCCUAUUACUAAUGGAAGAUACAAGAAUGGAGGUAGUAAGAACCUCAAUGAUUAAAUGGGCCCAGGAUUUUGGUUAUAACAUUGAUUUUGAAAAAUGGGAAAAACUUUGUAUAAAAGAUAUAAAUUUCACUGCUUGCUCUAACUUAAAGGAAAAUAUUUUGAAAAUGAUGUACAGAUGGCACCUUACGCCCAAAAAGUUGGCCGUAAUCUACAGGAAUAUGUCAAAUAAAUGUUGGAAAUGUAAGAAAGAAGAGGGUUCUUAUUUUCAUUUAUGGUGGACAUGCAAUAAAUCGAGAUGUUAUUGGGACUUAAUAUAUAACGAACUUUAAAAAGUAUUCAAAAUGACUUUUCCUAAGAGUCCAGAAUCAAUACUAUUAGGUAUUGAUAACAAUGCUCUCCCGAGGAAAUAUUGGACCAUCUUCAUGUACCUAACAGCGGCAGCAAGACUGACAUUUGCACGCAAAUGGAAAGAUAGUCAAUGCCCGUCUAAAGAGGAUUGGAUUCUUAAAGUACUAGAAUUGGCAGAAAUGGCGAAAUUAACAUCACUACUAAGAAAUAAAUUUGAAGAAUUUAAAAAAGAAUGGGACCCUCUUCUUGUCUAUUUAAAAAUACAUCAUAAAAUGGAUUUUUGUCAGGCCUAUGAGGGCUAUUAACAAAUGUUUUAAAAAUAUUCUUAAGUUGUUUUUUAUAUGAAUUACUGGGGAGAGAAUGUUUAAUCUAUAGGCAAGACCCGGUUAUUGUCAAUAACACUUGUUCCAAUGAUGAGAUGGAAGUCUUUAUUGUAUGUCUUUGUGAAUGUUUGUAUAAUAUGUGUUUGUCCUUUCGUGUUGUGAAACUCGAAUAAAAAGUAUAGGACAAAAAAUUUUUUUAGAAUGUUUUAAAGAAGAUUGGAAACCAUAAGAACAUAAGAACAGCCCUGCUGGAUCAGGCCCAAGGCCCAUCUAGUCCAGCAUCCUGUUUCGCACAGUGGCCCACCAGAUGCCUCUGGAAGCCACAGACAGGAGUUGAGGGCGUGCCCUCUCUCCUGCCAUUACUCCCUGCAACUGGUACUCAGAGGCACCCUGCCUUUGAGGCUGGAGGUGGCCCACAGCCCUCUGACUAGUAGCCAUUGAUAGACCUCUCCUCCAUGAAGUCAUCCAAAACCCUCUUAAAGCUAUCCAGGUUGUUGGCUGUCACCACAUCCUGUGGCAGAGAGUUCCACAAGUGGAUCACGCGUUGUGUGAAAAAGUACUUCCGUUUGUUGGUCCUAGACCUCCUGGCAAUCAAUUUCAUGGAGUGACCCCAGGUUCUAGUGUGGUGUGAGAGGGAAAAGAAUCUCUCUCUCUCCACUUUCUCCACGCCAUGCAUGAUUUUAUAGACCUCUAUCAUGUCUCCCUGCAGUCGUCUUUUUUCUAAACUAAAAAGCCCCAGGUGUUGUAGUCUUGCCUCAUAAGAAAGGUGCUCUAGGCCCCUGAUCAUCUUGGUUGCCCUCUUCUGUACCUUCUCCAGUUCAACAAUGUCCUUUUUAAGAUGUGGUGACCAGAAUUGUACGCAGUACUCCAAGUGUGGUCGCACCAUAGUUUUGUAUAAGGGCAUUAUAAUGUUAGCUGUUUUAUUUUCAAUCCCCUUUCUAAUGAUCCCUAGCAUUGAAUUUGCCUUUUUCACAGCUGCCGCACAUUGAGUCGACACCUUCAACGAGCUGUCCACCACAACCCCAAGUUCCCUCUCCUGGUCCGUCACCGACAGCUCGGAUCCCAUCAGCAUAUACUUGAAGUUGGGUUUUUUUGUCCCAAUGUGCAUCACCUUGCACUUGCUAACAUUGAACCGCAUUUGCCAUUUUGUUGCCCACUCCCCCAGUUUGGAGAGAUCCUUUUGGAGCUGCUCACAAUCCAUUUUGGAUUUCACUAGCCGGAAGAGUUUGGUAUCAUCUGCAAAUUUGGCCACAUCGCUGCUUACCCCUGCUUCUAGAUCAUUUAUGAAUAAAUUAAAAAGCACCAGGCCCAGUACAGAUCCCUGGGGGACCCCACUUCUUACUUCCCUCCAUUGUGAAAACUCUCCAUUUAUACCUACCCUCUGUUUCCUGUCUUUCAACCAGUUAGCAAUCCACACAUGUACUUGUCCCUAUAUCCCAUGACAGCUAAGUUUCCUCAGGAGUCUUUGAUGAGGAACUUUGUCAAAAGCUUUUUGGAAGUUCAGGUAGACUAUGUCAACUGGAUCACCUUGAUCCACAUACUUGUUGACACUCUCAAAGAAGUCCAAAAGGCUGGUGAGGCAAGAUUUACCUUUGCAGAAGCCAUGCUGGCUCACUCCCAGCAGGGCCUGUUCUUCUAGGUGCUUUACAAUUUUAUCCUUGAGGAUGCUUUCCAUCAAUUUGCCUGGAAUGGACGUUAGGCUAACUGGCCUGUAACUUCCCGGAUCGCCCCUGGAUCCCUUUUUGAAAAUUGGUGUUACAUUUGCUACUUUCCAGUCCUCUGGUACAGAGCCCGAUUUCAGGGAUAAGUUAAAUAUUUUAGCAAGGAGGUCAGCAAUUUCACAUUUGAUUUCUUUUAGGACUCUUGGAUGGAUGCCAUCCGGCCCUGGUGAUUUGUUAGCUUUCAGUUUUUCCAGACAGUUUAGAACAUCAUCCCUUGUCACUUCUAUCAGACUCAGCUCUCUAGCCUCCAUCCCUAAAAAGCCUGGUUCAGGUACAGGUAUAUGCUCUCUAUCCUCUGCCGUGAAAACCGACGCAAAGAACUCAUUCAGUUUCUCUGCAACCUCCAUAUCCUCCUUAAUAAUCCCUUUCACUCCCUCAUUGUCUAAUGGCCCAACCACCUCCCUGGCAGGUUUCCUGCUUCUGAUGUACUUAAAGAAGUUUUUGUUAUUCCCCUUGAUACUUUUGGCUAAAUGUUCCUCAAACUCUCUUUUUGCCUCCCUCAGAGGUAACUGAUCUAGGGCCUGGAAGCAAGGGUGACCCGCAGAGCAGAACACAGCUAAGUAGUAUAGCAAGUGCCCGCUGCAGUGUCUAAGUAACGGGUGACUCCACAAGGUGGUAAUCAAGUGGGUAGCACUGGAGACCAAGGGGAUCACACUGGCUGAAAAAUCCAGGGGCACAUAAAGCCCAAAACGUGUCCUGAGGGGACAUUCCAAUUGACCUUCUUUCUUGGCUAGGGCAGUUCCGGGAAGUCUCAAAAGAUCCCAUUGUUUUGUCUGUUGUGCUGCACUACAACACAAUGCAUGAAUGGGAUAAUGCAAAUGGAGUGGCUGAAUGUGCAAACGAAUCAGUGUUUUAAUGGGUACUUCUCUGAGUUCCUAUCGCCCACUCUAGCCUGCUUUUGACAAGGAGGGAAUGCACAUUUGUGGAGCCUUAUCUGACUUCCUGCUGAGGUAAUUGGUUUUUUGCUCCUUUGAGGCAUCUAUGGAGAGGAGGUAAAUCAAAGGAGGGUCAAUCCUGCAGAGAGACCUUGAACAGAGAGUUAACUGUGGUGAGUUAACUUCAGGAGUCUCUUCAGGUAUCCCAGCAUGGGCAAGGCGAGCUCCCUUUCAAUUUGGCUCUUUUGCAGUUGCUAAAUCUAGGGGUAACUGCCCCACUGCCUACUGAGCGACUGUUCCCCAAUAUGCCAACAAGCGGAGAGCUCACGAUGUAGACUCUUUGGAGAACAUAUUAAAGGGCAUGAUACUAAUAAGGAUUGUGUAUGUUCAACCCACAAAAUUGAGAAAAGGAGCUCUAUUGCUUGGCUGUUCGUAUAGAAACCAUACGUUUGGUUUUUCUCACCAUAGAUAACUCAAGUUUCUAAAGAUGAAGGAGUCAUUGUAAGGAAUAAGUGAUUAUAAGUAACCCAUUUCCCCCCUCUUACAGCAAGUUAGGCACAGGUGUUACCAUGGUGUAAUCCUGUUGUACUACUUACAAAAACGCCAAUUAGCUAUUGAGUAAUAAGUUGCACUACUUACAAAAAUGCCAAUUAGCUACUGCAAUCUUUUAAAGAUCUGAUUUACAUCCUUCUAGCAGUAUUUAUUUCUAUGGUGGUUAUCAUGAUUGUAAACAAAUUUGAGUCUAUAUUUUAUUUGAUUUAUAUUUAAUGUCUUAUUUAUAUGGUUGCUUCAACUGUGUAAUGAGAAUUUUUUGGCUGCAAGCAUGUGUAUAGACAUGUUCAAAGUGUUUUAUUGUACAUUUAUUGAGAGGGUUGUAACUUGUGGAUAAAUUGUUUUUGAGUUUUAGCUAUUCACA